AUGGUACGUGAAAUUAUUACAUUACAAAUUGGAAAUGAGUCAAAUAAUGUUGGUACAGAAUUAUGGAAUCAACUUGAUAUUGAACAAACUCAUAAUAAUACAUUAAUUGAUUAUAAUACAUAUUAUACAUAUAAUAAAAAAACAAAUAUACCAUCACCACGUGUAUUAAUUAUUGAUUAUCGAAAUACAUUUGGAUAUUUAUUAAAUGAUGAUGAAACAAAUAUAAAUUCCUUAAAUAAUAAUAAUUCAUCAAUUGAAAUAGUUAAUCGUCAAAUUGAUAAUAAUUUUUGGUCAAAAAAUUUAAAAACAAAUGCUAAAUUUCAUUCAAAAUCUUUAAUACCAUUAACUGAUUAUUGGUAUUAUUCAACAAAUAAUCAAGAUAAUCAGUUUGAUAUUUAUCCAAUUGGACAACAAAUAUAUAAAAAAAUUUCUGAUCAAGUUGAAAAUUCUUUACAUUAUUUAUUAGAAUCAUGUGAUUCAUUACAAGGUUUUCGUUGUUUAUAUGAUAUAAAUAAUAGUUUUUCUGGUUUAUUUACAUCAAUACAAGAUUAUUUAUGUGAUGAAUGUCCUAAGCAACCUGUAUGGUCAUUUGGUAUUGGUAAUAAAUCAUCAUUAUUAAAUUUAUCUUUAUCAUUAAUACAAUCAAUAAAUGAAAAUCAAAUGCCAACAAUACCAUGUUUAAAUGAAUUGGAUAAAUAUAAUUUAUCAUUAUCAAUUCAACAUUCAUUAUUAUUAUCAUCAUCAUCAUCAACAUUAACACUUGAUUUACUUGCUGAUUCUUUAUGUCCAAUGAAAAAAAAUUUUUUAAAUUUAUUUUCAAAAAUUCCAUUAAAUUUAAAUGAUAAAACAUUAUUUAAUUAUCUUGAAUUAGAUGAUUUAUUUCAAUUAAAAAAACCUAUUGGAUGUCAUUAUUUUAUACGUGGUAUUGAACAAAAACAAUUAUAUAAUCAAAAAUUAUAUAAUUUUAAUAUUUUAACAUCAGCAGACUUAAUAUCAACUUAUUUACGUGAACAAUAUGGUACAAAAAUAUUUUUAUCAACAAAUUCUUCAAUUGAAAAAUAUAAUCAUAUGUCAUUUAUAACAGGUUUAUUUAAUGAUGAUGAAUAUUCAUUGAAUUUUUUUGAUUAUUUAUUUAAUAAUAUUAAAAAAAUAAAUUAUAAACGUUUAUCAAAACGUUGGGAAGAGAAUGAUUUUGAUGAACAAAUGUUUGAACAAUUAAUAAAUAAUUUAAAUACUUUACAUGAACAGUAUCAAUUAAAUAUGAUUUAA